UCGAACCGUUGAGUUUAUGCUCCCACUGAUGCAGGACCUGUACGGGCUGGAUGUGUGGCAUAAUAUCGCACACUACACCAUUUCCUGGCUAUCGAUCACACCGUGUUGUGCCUUCUUCACGCUCCUGCACUGGUAUAAGGGUUCACUGUUUAUGCUGAUUCGGUAUAAUACGUUGCUCUACCAACUCGUCAAUCAGCUGCUGCAACAGUUCGAGUGUGAGACUGCGGGUGCAAAACUACGGCAAAAACAUUUCCAACUACAGCGUAUUGUUGAGCUACACUACAGAGCGAUCGAAUGUACUAAGUUGCUGGAUAAUAUACUUAGUUUAAUUUUACUGAUCCAGUUCAUAGGAUGCUUGUUGCUACUCUGUCUCAUACUGUUCUAUAUAACACGCAAUCACAACCUGAACGUUAUCAAUGUUGGUGUGCUGUUCUUUUCCAUCUUCAUCGACAUGAUGUGUUUCUCCUACCUCGGUAAUCAACUUACGGAGGAGGUAUGAGCGUAUUACCCUUUCUGUGUACAUAAUUUAAAAAAAAGGCUUUUUACCUUCCUCCUGCAGAACGACACCAUUAGCAAUUCUGCUUUUAACUGCGCCUGGUAUGAAGAGCCGAUCGUGAUACGGAAAUAUUUUCUACGCAUCAUCCUUCAGGCACACCGCAAGGCAACGAUAACGGCGGGCAAGUUCUAUAGUGUUAAUAUUGAGACAUUUGCGAAAGUAAGUAGUA